UGGGCAGAGAACACUGAGGACAGCCUAGGGCCUGAAUCUGUUGCCAUCCUAGGGAGAAGCCAACUCCGACCCACCUGUCUAUGCUCCCAGCAGUUAAGGAGGUUCAGGGACAGAAAGGCAUGGCCUGGAAAUUGGCACCAUUUCUGCUUCUGGCCUGGAUAGCCACCAGAUGCAGUGCUCGGGACAGGACUGACCUGCUCAAUGUCUGUAUGGACGCCAAGCACCACAAGACUAAGCCAGGCCCUGAGGACAAGCUGCAUGACCAGUGCAGUCCCUGGAGGAGGAAUGCCUGCUGCUCAGUCUACACCAGCCAAGAACUGCACAAAGAUACCUCCCGCCUGUACAACUUCAACUGGGAUCACUGUGGCAAGAUGGAGCCUGAAUGUAAGCGUCACUUCAUCCAAGACACCUGUCUGUAUGAGUGCUCGCCCAACCUUGGGCCCUGGAUCCAGCAGGUAGACCAGAGCUGGCGCAAAGAGCGUUUCCUGGACGUGCCCUUAUGCAAAGAGGAUUGUCAGGCCUGGUGGGAAGCCUGCCGCACCUCCUCCACCUGCAAGAGUGAUUGGCACAAGGGCUGGGACUGGACCUCAGGAGUUAAUAAGUGCCCAGCCAAGGCUGUCUGCCGCACAUUCGAGUUCUACUUCCCCACGCCCACUGCCCUUUGUGAGGGUCUCUGGAGUCACUCCUACAAGGUCAGCAACUAUAGCCGAGGGAGCGGCCGCUGCAUCCAGAUGUGGUUUGACCCAGCCCAGGGCAACCCCAAUGAGGAGGUGGCGAGGUUCUAUGCUAAGGUCAUGACUGCUGGGGCUAUGUCCCAUGGGAUGGGGCUUUUCCUGCCCAGCCUGGUCCUGGUGAUGCCACUCUGGCUCUUUGUCUGAGUCCCAUCCUCCCUAGAUCUCCCUUCUGUCUGCCUCAAGCUUGAGUGACCAGGCUGACUUCAGCUGAGGGACCCCUAAAUUUACC